UUGAUUCUGAUUUGAUGUCCUCAUCAUCUUGGUUUUAGAGGGAACCGUUCUUAGACAUCAUUGUCUAACUCCAAUAAUUUAAGACAAAUCAUUUUCUCGCUCAUAUCUUCUUCCAGCUCUAGCUCUGCUCAGCUCCUCUUUUCCUGCAGAUUAUUAUACUUCUCUAUGUUGCUUUGUUCCCUUCUUUCAGUUUAAUGUUUUAUGGAUGUUUCAAACUUUGUUUCCGAGAGCUUAUUUUUAGCUCGUUGGCUUAUGAUUGGGGAAAGCUUACAAACUUUAUCGGCUCUGUGUAAUCUUUGGUUGAAUUCAAUAUAAAUGUACCAGAUGAUAAAAAAACGAGUGGUGUGGAUAAUGGAUGUGACAUUGAUCUCUAGCUAGGGUAAUUAUAUUUGGAAGUUGUAUUUUAGUUUUAUGGAAUCGAUAUGAAUUAAGGUUGGUAAAAAAGUUUUAACAUCAACAAACAACGAAAAUAGAAACACUAGAGAAUACACUUCAUCUUCUUCCUAGUAAAACAAAUCAUUUAUUUGGGUAAUUAAUCGGUUGUUUUGCAAUAAACCAGUUUUCAUUCGGCAGACAAUUCAACCUUUUAUGUCAUCACACAUUUAAAACUUACAUGUAUGUUGAGAAAGCAUGUACGGCGUUAUGUAGUUGACUGCAUGAUAAUGAACAUUAAUUAUACUUACGAUAAUACUAUAAGGCUUUGGUGCUAAAUUAUAAAGUUUUUCUAUUUCAAAAUUUUAUAUAAGUUUUGGCAUCUAAAAGUAGUACUUUAUGAACUUUUUGGCUCAUGAUCAGCUCUGUAAAAAAAACAUUCGGUUCUAAUCGCUAGUUGCUCACCGGUCUGUUGACUAACAAAUUUUAGAAGCUUUACUUCUCUUCCAUCAAAUCUCCAAGGGGGAAAAAUACAAUAGCCACACAAUAAAACUGCAAAUUGAUUCAUGUAGUUGUAUAGCCAUAUAUCAUUAACUUAGUUACUUACUAUAAUAAGCCACAAAAAGAGAGAAGUCUUUUGUCCUAAAGACGGCUAAUCCUUGGGACGAAAAGUUCCAAAAUAACUGUAUUCUUUUUGUUUGACUUCUUUUCGGGUUAUGGAUUCAUCUCGUGAAGCUAAACACGAUCAGGAGGAGGAGAGAAGAGAAGAUGAAGCAGCUGCUUCUUUGGUGGAUGUAAAUCUCAUGGUGGUGCUUCUCUCUCAGCUUUGUACGAAGGACGACGAAGAUGAUAAGAAUUUGGAGAAAGAGAGAAGAGAUCAUGUUGCGCAUGAGAUUCGUGAAUCCAGAGCACGUGCAAACAAGAGGUUUAUGAAGGAACCAAAGCUCAUGGAGAAAAGGACACAUGUGCUUCAACCCAUGGCUAAGGAAUUCAGGUCCAGGAGAAUGUGAAGGGUCAUCAUGACCGGUGAUCUUGUACGUGAUUGCCCUAGAGGCUGAAAGCAAUCAUCAUAUUUUUUUAAUUGCAAUCAAAAUUUUGGUAUUGAGCAUUAUGAGAAGAUGGAAAAGAUGAAGAGAGUUUUCCCAUCAAUUAAUGUAAAAUUUUUAAGUAUUUACUUUGUAAAGAACAUAUAUUAUUUGUAUCACUACAGCUAAGAUGCAAUUUUCUUUUUAACCUAACAUGGAAAAUAGGUCACACAUCACAAGUGAGAAUUUGAAGAACCAAACAAAAAUGUACACACCAACAUAUAUUCAAGACAUUUAAGAAAUUUGUAUUUCUUAAUAUGGUUUUUCAUAUAUUUUGGAAAAUUCAUUUUUUGUUUACUUAUAAAAACUAAAAAAUCUAAAAAUAUAAUAUACUGAAAGUUUUGUGUUUACGAAAUAAUGUAAGAGACUCUUUAUUUCAAUACUAUAUUAGUAUAAUAAAAAAUUCAAUCAGUGAUAUGAAAUAAAUCCUAAAAGCAUAUGACAUAACCUUAACUAAAAAUAUAUGACUUAUAAUAAAUUUAACCUUACAUUUUUCUAUUAAAAUACAAAUUAAGUUACCAAUAACUCCUUUAGGUUCAUUAUUGAGAAAACAUCCUACCAUCCAGUUAUGCAAUAUACUGGCCCCAAAAACCCAGUCAAAUAAACCUCCGAUACGAACAAUAGGCCCAAACACAAGACGACUACGUGUGUAAUCUUCUCCAUGGUCGGUAGGUGACCUAAAAAUAACAUGUAACCAUGAUUAACAGCCAGUAACACCUACCUAAUCUCCUUUAAUCAAUCAUUGUUAAUUAAUAACUUUACGUCCAUAACCUAACCCACAAUCUUUUUAACUUUUUUUCUCACAACUUGAGACCAUUAGUUAUGUUAAACUUGAAUUAAUAAAUAAUUGAACUCACAUGAGAUUGUCGGAUCGGCAGUUCGGCACUGACCUUGGUCGACACAUCACACAAGUCGUGAGGUAAAUUCGGAAAUAAAACCAAAACUCGCCAGCCUACAUAGUCUUUAGUAUUAAAACUUUCAUAAGUAGUUUAAUACGGUCGGUCGAAUAUUCCACACUAUUCUGAACAUUAAAAAUACAUGAUACAGCUACAUAUAAUUAUGGUUUUAAAUCUUUAUAAAUUUCGGCUAGCCGUCGAAUGUAAAAGGUGUUCACACGAUAUGGGUCUUUCAUCGACAUGGAGAAGAUUGCUUUAAAACAAACAAAAGGUGAUGAUAAGCGAUGAUUAACAAACAAAAGUGGCCGGAAACGGAAUUGCAUACUAAACGAGGGGUCGUUUUCGCAAAAGCCAUUUUUAGUGACUGUACAAGAAAGAAGUUAGGGUUUGUCACUUAAAGUGAUGAGUAGUGACUAUGAGCAAUGGAGUCGUGAGUCAUGUCAUGACAGGGUCUCCAUUUUUUUUUUUUUGAACUUAACCUAGUUACUAAAAAACUUACUUUGCCUCCAAACAACUCUUUAAAUAAAAAAGGAUCUCCAUUAUUAUGACAUUCAAUUUGUUUAAUUUUCUAGAAAAUAUUAUGUAUGCAUGAGUCAUAUAAAUCAAUGUGAAAUAAAGUAUAUAGUUUAUCAACUAGAAUAUGAUCGAUUUUUAAAAUCUAUAUUUUAAAAAUUCGGAGAUGUUUAAUAUAAGUCAUCAAUUUUAGAUAACGGAGCAAUAACGUUCGUAACCACUAGAAUAUGAUCGAUUGAUUUAUAGAAUAAAGAGGAAACUGAUAAAAAUGUCAAUUGUCAAAUAUAGUGAGUGAUCAAUCAUUUGAUACGUACGUGAACUUCAUGAGCUUCUUAUCUUUGUUAAAUGUACUUUAUCGUUUAAUUCUUGAAACUUUUGCUUACAAACGUACGUCUCACCUUUUUCUCAGUUAUUUGAUUGCGUUAUUGAGCUAGUGCGACCAUUUUUGUAAUGAGUUUACGUGUAAUUAGACUUUUGUAGUGUGUUUUUUUCUUCAAUGUUAUUGAUAUCUAUUUAAAUUUUCUAAAUUGUAUAUGCGAGCAAUCAUUUUGAAGAUAUUUGUAUCACCAAAUGGUUAUUUAUAAAAUUUGGUUAUUCUAAAUAGUAUUAUGCUGUUAAAAGUUGAUCAGUAGUUACACAAUUAUACUAGUACAAACCAAAAUAAUGGUACUGUAUAUUCAACUCAUUUUCAUAGAUAAUUAGGAGCUAGUUUCGUUGGUCACUUGGUUGUAGCAUCUAAUUGUAAAUAAUAAGUUAUAAUUAUAUUGCUGGAUCUAUCCGAAAUCUAAUGUGUGCUUCCAUUGGAUAAUUGUGAAGGUAAACAAACAUAUAAUAAUAUCUGCAAGUAAAGCGAGGCAACAUAAUAUAAUCCAUGCCUCCUGGGACCACUAUGGUCAAAAAUAUUCGAUUAGCUAAUGACAAAUGCAUAGAGACAUCAAUAUGUAUGGUUAUUAGAAUAUAUAUCAAUGCUUAUUGAAGAACUGUGUGUCGUUUAUUCAUUCAUCUUAUCAUGAUCACUUUGUAUGUUAGCCUCUUUAUUGAAUAAAUGUGUGUCCUUUACUCAUUCGUCUUAUCAUAAUCACUUUGUAUCUAAUGUUUUAAAAGCGAGUAUCGAGUGCGCUUACUUAUUCGAACAACUCAAAACUCUGAAAUACUAUAAACAUAAUAUAUAAAAAGUUACAAUGUUAUAAUCGAACUUAGUGAAGGUGAAUGAUAGUCAUAAGACUCGCACCUUAAACAAAGACAAUAUCUUUAAGCCAAUAAUGUAAGCAGCAGUAAGAAAAAGAAAACUUAAAUAUUUUAAUGCGUCAGUGGGUCUCUGAUAAUAUUUGUGGUCUGUUAUUGGAUCUUGCUAAUUUUUGUUCUUUUAAGAAAAGCGUAUUUAGAUCCACUUAAAACAAUGCAUUUUUCGUAGAACCUAACUGAUGACUAUUAUAAAAACAUUAGAAAUGAGUAGAAAAAUAAUAGAGAGAAAUAAAACUAUUUAAGAAUUAUUUCUUAUCAAUUUUAGUUUUUAUAGAACUAAAGGAAUGAGAAUUGAUGAAAAAGAAAAAUUAUUUUUUAUAAAUGAUAAAAAAAAUUAGAAAUAGUAAAAAAUGCAUUAUUUUCUUUUAACCUUGCUCACCGGUUACAUCCGUAAUUUCAACAAAAAUAUUUGAGGCGAAACUAAGGAAAACGUAAAGAAUGAGACCCACAAAAAUUAAUAGGAGACGAGGCGAAAUAACUGGACGGCACUUGCGACAUGUAAUAAGUUAACUAGUUAAGGGAGCGCACUUUAGUCUUACUAAAUGCGUUCCAGAGGGACAUUUUCUUCUGGUCUAUAAUUAUUAUAAUCCCUCCAAAAUAAUCAAAUUAAAAGUCCACCAAAAUAUUCGAUUUCUAUUCAAGAUUUUAAUCUAAUUAGAUGUCGUUGUAACUUAUAUUUUUCUGACGUGUGGAAUCAUUUUACCUCGUAACUUCAUUGACAUCUGUUGUUUUAAUUUCCACCUAAUCAUGUUCAUACGUAUUUUCCAACUAGUAUGACUUCUUUUGUUGUGGAACCAGAACCAAAAUGUAACUAAAGCAUAAAAAUAUUUUUGUUCAGAAAUACACCAGCUGUGUCAUCACGCAUGUAAUAGUAUAACCAAUGUAUCAACAUUUAUUGUUGAUUUGUCAUGCAUGUAUAAACAUUUUAUUGUUGAUUUGUCAUGCAUGUAUAAUACUCCAAUGUAUUAUAACCAAUGUAUCAACUUCUGAUUUUAGCUUUAAACAUUUAUUGUUGAUUUGUCAUGCAUGUAUAAUAUAACCAAUGUUUAUAUUUGUUUGCUUUUUUUCUUUGAACAUCUGAUUUGUAUUAGAUAAAAGCUCAGAUGAGCAAACAUUACAGGACGUAAGGAACUACCAUGAAGAUAGCUAACCCAUACAAAGAGUGAUCCAUUUACAACAAAACAGCUAGUUUCUAAAAUUAUAUACAAAAAAAAUCAUCCCAUCGGAGGCAUAAGAUUUCUCAAGUU